GGGAUAACCACCGCUCUGUUUUUCUUCGAUAGCUUUGUUUUUGUGCUCGCUUCGCCCCACCCGUGUUUUAUUGCACCUUCAUACGAUACUUGCUCUUCCCACACCCAACAACACCAGCACCAACAUCAAACAAGAAAAAAAAUGUUCGUUCGCAACGUCGCCCGCUUAGCCCUGCCAGCAAAUCUGGGUCGGCUAAACCACGUCGCCAUCGCCGUCCCGCCCAGCCGCAACAUCGUGGAGGCCGGUGCGAUUUACAAGAACCUCUUCGGUGCGGAGGUGAGCGAGCCGGUGAAGCAAGAGGAACACGGCGUGAUUACGGUGUUCGUGCAGCUGCCGAACUCAAAGAUCGAGUUGCUGCACCCGCUGGGAGACAAGAGCCCUAUUGCGGCCUUCUUGGAGAAGAACAAGGCCGGUGGCAUGCACCACAUUUGCCUCGAGGUGCCCGAUAUCGCUGCCGCGAUGAAGAAGUGCAAGGAGGGCAACAUUCGCUGCCUUGGCGAAAAGCCGAAGAUCGGUGCUCACGGCAACCCCGUCAUCUUCCUACACCCCAAGGACUGCGGCGGUGUGCUGACGGAGCUCGAGGAGGUGAAGCCGCAGUAA